GUAACAAUGCAAAUGUCUAGAAUACUAAUCAAGCCUCAAUCCCUUCCAUACCUCCUUACCUGCCCUGCCAUCUGACUAAUUGACUCUCUUACCUGCGUCCAGCCCAGAGAGUCACCGAAUUGCGUGAUACACACGCCCUUUGUCCUUGUCCGGUCGUAACCGCACUUCGUGCAAUCCAUUAUCAAUCACUUCUCGAUCCUUCAGAUCAAUCCCCACCAAACAUUGCUUCAUAAAAUAAAUUUCACCGCCCCUCCACUCCACAAUCCUUCACUUCAAGACAUCCUCCAACACUCUUGGUUACAAAUACUCUUCACGCCUCACCAUUUCCUGCUGCGCAAUCAGUCUUCGACCGAACUCUUCUAACUACCCCUCGUCAAACACGUAACGACUUUUCAACAUGGCCGACCACCCAAUUGAUACCCCUCCACGAGCUCCCUCUCCAGUCCAGGGUUUUGGCACUCUUGCUGUCCACGCUGGGUCUCGUCAUGAUCCUUCCACCGGUGCUGUCAUUGCUCCAAUUUCGCUAUCGACCACCUUUGCGCAAACCGCUGUAGGCAAGCCGGUCGGGAAAUACGAAUAUAGCCGUUCCUCCAACCCCAACCGCGAUAACUUCGAGGAAGCUGUUGCAGCUCUAGAGCACGCAAAAUAUGCAUUGGCUUUCUCUUCAGGCUCCGCAGCCACUGCCAUCAUCUUGCAGAGUUUGGCAGCGGGCAGUCAUGUUAUCAGUGUGAGCGAUGUCUAUGGUGGCACACACAGAUACUUCACCCAGGUCGCAAAGGCACACGGUGUCAAAGUCACUUUUACUCCAGAAAUUGAGGUCGAUAUUAGAGAACACAUUACUCCAGAGACAAAGCUGGUAUGGAUUGAAACUCCUUCAAACCCUACUCUGCGACUGGUUGAUAUUCGGGCCGUUGCUACCCAGGCGCAUGAACGUGGUGUUAUGGUUGUGGUGGACAACACUUUCAUGAGCCCAUAUGUCCAGAAUCCUUUGGAUCACGGAGCUGAUAUUGUCGUCCAUUCGGUUACCAAGUACAUCAAUGGACAUUCGGACGUGGUGAUGGGUGUUGCAGCUUUCAACUCCGAUGCCAUGAAGGAGAGACUGGGAUUCUUGCAAAACGCCGUUGGAGCCAUCCCCUCGGCAUUCGAUAGUUGGUUGGCACACCGUGGAUUGAAGACUUUGCAUCUGAGAGCAAGAGAGGCAACAGUCAAUGCUACUGCUGUCGCAAAGGCCCUGGAGGCGUCGCCAAAUGUUAUCGCAGUCAAUUACCCCGGACUGAACUCUCACCCACACCGAGCCAUCGCCAUCAAGCAACACCGAAACGGCAUGGGCGGUGGUAUGCUCUCUUUCCGCAUCAAGGGCGGUUCAGCAGCAGCCGAGCGAUUCUGCCAGACCACAAACAUCUUCACACUCGCAGAAUCACUAGGUGGCAUUGAGAGUUUAGUCGAGGUCCCCAGCAGCAUGACACACGCCGGUAUCCCCAAGGAGCAGCGUGAAGCAGUUGGUGUCUUUGAUGACUUGGUGAGAAUCAGCUGCGGUAUCGAGGAUGCGGAGGAUCUCAAGCAAGAUGUUCUCCAGGCACUGGAGAGGGCAGUUGUCUGGCCUAAGAUCUCGAAUGGUCUCAAGGGCAUCAUCGGUGUCAACGGAUACGCUGCUUGAUCCGAAAUAUACCUCACGAGCUACGAGAGUUGCAUUGCAUUUUGGGCAUUUUAAGGAGUUCGAGAUACGGCGUUAUUUACAAGUCUUUCUACAAGAUAGACUUGCUUUGGAUCUACUACCGGAACUGUGUUUUCCUAUAGACAGGAUAUAGGAUUGUGUCCAGCGAAUACUUUUCAGAUACCUCUUGACUAUUAGUCAGAAAAUAGAAAAUAGGCGGUUUCCUGCUCUACAUCCAUUUCACUCUGCAAACAAGCUUGCUUGAAAACAUAAUCCUGUAGCUGAUUGGUCGGGAGACGACAGGUGACGACGAGGGUCUGAGCUGGGCAAUCCCAUGCUUUUUGAUUUUAUUUUGUCGUGCCUUCUCUGUCGCAGUCGAGAACAACUAUGACUCGUUGUAAGAUAUCAGACGCUUCUCGUCUAGUAACUUAUAUUACCAUCAAUCUGUGUCACUGUCAGUUGCCCAUCGAGUUUCUCUGCUGAGUGUAAGAAACACUACACGUCUGCAGCCUCGCAGUUCAACAAGUUCAUCAUUUCCCACUGCUCCUGCCAUGCAUCUUGCGAUCCUGCUGGGACUAUCAGGGUUUAGAAGGUUGGAUCAGGAGGAAGACUGUAGAGCUCGACUGGCUCGGGAACUGGAGGAUCUGAGAAAGGCGAGAUUUGGUCUUUCAGUUCAGCACAGAGACGAUUCACUAAGUACGCAUAGGCAGAUCUAUGACAGUGAUUAUUCUGAUUGUAACGCGGAAGAGCUUCCCAGCUUGCAGGGGCCUCAGAUGGGACAGCGGAAAGCUUCUAAUGAAGAGUUUUCAUAAAUAGACUGUAUUUUGCAGCAUUUCGGUGGGUCAGAGUCUGGAUAAUCCCAGAAGCUACACUUGCCACAGAUUUAUUGAUUACACCUAGAAGUGAGACUCUGCCAUGUAACUUAAUCUGCUAGAGCUAUCUUACGUAUAUGAGGAGCAUAUGGGGCGUACAGGUUUUCCAAAAUCGCAUCAUGAGUAAACGCUUGACCCUUUGAGACGCCUUGAUGUUAUUCGACGUGAGGGGCGAGUUGUCGGUGAACCUUGCACCGAGAUAUCUGUCUUUCAUAUUCUUGACCUUAUCAUCUUUGUUCCUCAAGGCAUCAUUUGCUCGCGAUAAACAUGUGCACAAUUUCGCCUUGGGAGGACUGAUGUCAAAGCUGGGGACUCUUUUUGCGUCCCACCCAUUGUUGUUGAUGAAUUGUGCAAGUUACAGAGAGGAGGUUGGGUGGAAGAAGGUGUGCUUCAUUGAUGAAGAUUCGCGUUUGAAGUAAUAAUGAUAGCAACGAAAUCUCACUCAACACAUAUCGCAACAUACAACGACCAACUUA